CGGCCCAUGUUGGUGUUUCCUUUAUUUAGGCAGUUACCUGUCGUUUACUUCAAGGUUGAGUGAGUUAAUUCUGGGCGGAAGCUGGAUAAGUAGGCUGCUAGGGUAACUACGAUGUAGCAACACUAACAACGGAGGAGCUGGGAUUCAAACAGAAUAAACAAAGCGGAAGACAUUUUAUAAAGAUUUUUUACGACCUUGUAGUUCUUGACUGCAUUUACGUGGUGAACUUUCAAAACUGAGUAGCUUGGGGUUGUUAUUGAAACGUUGCAACAUUUAUGUGCUGCGUCUGCUGAAUGAGUGCUUCUUAGUAGCAACAACUAAAAUAGUUUUGAUGAUAGCCUAAACUCGCUGAGGAAUGCCAAGAUUGUCGUUGACUUUGUAUUAGGCUACUGUAACGUUUAACCAAUAGUCGUUAAUCUCAUUUUUAUGUGAACAAAAUUCUAUGCAUUUGUAGCUGCUAUCAUGAUAGCCUACUGUUACUUGAUACAUUUUCUAACCCUCUCUACUUCUCUCCUUUCAGUGGCAACCCAGUGUGUGACACCUUUGUUACCAUGCAUGAGGAUGAAUGUCAAAUCCAAUGAGACCAUGCUCUUUGAGGAGGAGGAAGAGGUGGACAAGACAAAUCAGCAGGUUGAAGAGGACAAUGUGUCCAGGAAGAUGGUUACUGUCGACUGGGACCAAUGGGACAGGCUACUGCUGCCCUCACCACUGGACUCUGGUGUGCACAGUCUGGACACAGUGUACGACAGAACCACCGUGAUGAUUGAACAAGACCCUGUGGGUUCUAGAACUGACAAUAAAGAGGAAGAAGAGGACCUGAUGAUGUACCUACAUGAGGGAUGUGAGACAGAGGGCCGUGGAGGUCUGGAAGACCACUGGGAGGCCAUGUCACAGGGGUACAUCCACCACACCAUCUCCCAGGACCAGAUCCAGUUCACCAUCAACCCUGGUUCCACACCCAUGCCCCGGCACAUCCAGGGGGCCACCAUCACACUGCACUCUGAGUGCCCAGAUAGCCACCACAGCGAGGUGAAGCGUUACCAGUGUCUAUACGAGGACUGUACUCGUACCUACAGCACAGCAGGGAACCUGCGCACCCACCAGAAGAGACACAGAGGAGAGUACACAUUUGUCUGCAACCAGUUGGGCUGUGACAAGGCCUUCCUCACCUCCUAUAGUCUGAAGAUCCAUGUCCGCGUUCACACCAACGAGAAACCCUUCGAGUGUGACCAACAGGGCUGUGAGAAGGCCUACAACACACUGUACAGGCUGAAAGCCCACCAGAGACUACACUCAGGGAACACGUUUAACUGCGAGUCGGACGGAUGCACCAAGUACUUCACCACCUUGAGUGACCUGAGGAAACACAUCCGGACACACUCCAAGGAGAGGCCCUUCAGGUGUGACCAUCCUGGCUGUUACAAGGCAUUCACCUCUAGUGACCACCUCCAAACACACUUCCUGGGAUACAUAGGUACAGGCGAGCCACCCCUCCUUCAGGGGAACACAGACGGUGAUAACUCCCUAAGCUCCUCCAACAACCUGAGGGACAACAUCAAAGGUCACAAGCCUGGACCGUCAGCUGCCAUAACUCACAGCCACUCCCUCUCAGAGGACUUGAAUCCUCGUUCCCCAUGUCUCAGUGAUAUGAGCCUGAUUUCCACUGUCUCUCAGCUCAGAGAAAGUAAUUCUGAUGCCCUGGACCUGAUGUUUGAAUUGCUGUUUCAAGACAAGCCCCAGCCACAGGAUGUGUCGUUGCUGGCAGUGCCCUCAUGCAGUUUGGAGAACCCAUCUCCAACAGUGGUGCUUCCAGAAGCAUCUCCCUCUUUCAUCUCUACCUGUCCUGAACCCUCUGACUCUAUCCCUGGUGUACCCCAUCCUGUACCCCAGCCCAUCGCUGUCCUCACCCCUGGGUGGACCCCUAGUGAACCCUUUCCAGUUCCUGUCUCUCCCAUGAUCAGUGAAAUACCUAAACAUGAGGUGAAUCCAGAACAGCCAGCCGCAUCCAUCUAUUCCCAACCAGGCUCCAAUCAGAGCCUACUACCACAGCCAACCGCCACCCUCCAUUCCCAACCAGGCUCCAAUCAGAGCCUACUACCACAACCAACCACCACCCUCCAUUCCCAACCAGGCUCCACACAUAGCCUACUACUACAGCCAGCUGCCAUGCCCUCCAUCUGUUCUCAACCAGGCACAGGCCCAUACCCUCCACCACCCAGCUCCUCCCUCCAGGCCCCACUAACACCCCUCUCCCUGGGGUACUCUGCUCCUCCUACUGUCCCUUCCCACAGUACCCUCCAGCCCAUCACUCAGAACUUCCAGUGGCUUUUGAACAGUAUCAAUGACCAGAGGCAGCAGGACACGCAGACACAGCUAUCACAACAACACGGUGGCUCAACAGUAGAGAAGCUCUAUUUUACCACAGAAAUACCUAUGGGAGGGAACACAGGGAUAGCUCUGCAGCAGAUAGGCCUGUGUCUCCCUGUCGUCGUCAUUAGACAGGGAGAGUCAUGCCAGUGUCGGUGCCCCUGCAGAGACGGCAGCACAGCAGCAGACACAGAGAAACAGACUAGUUGUCAAACUACUGGUGAACCCUCUGGCACCCAGGUCAAGCAGCCCCAGGACCUAUCAACCCAGGACCCACCACCCCAGCCCCCUCAGCCCCAGGACCCACCACUCCAGCCCCCUCCACCAUAGCAGCCUCCACCUCCACCUGUCCGAUGAAAAUUCAAGUCAACCUUUUUGUUACUGGAGAAACUGUUCCUGUUCCUUAUACAACUGAGGCGUCUCUAUGCACUGUACUGUGUACUUAACUCUUUCUGUUGUUAAUACCUAGUUCAAGAUCAGGUCUCCAUACCCUGUCCCCAUAACCUUAACCAACAGUAAUCCAAUCCAACCCCAGACUGGUUGCUAAGGGUAGAAAGCAAUCAUAUGCUGCAUUUCAGUGUGGAUCAGAUCAAUUCAGUUUAACUACAGUGUUUUAUUUAGAUUUAUGACAUGUCUGGUAGCGGUCUAUUAUGAAUUGGGCUUGAACAGUGGCUGGCCGCUGAACGUAGUGUGGAAAAUGGUUGACUCAAAUACAAAUCCUCUGCAGCAACAUUCCUCUUUACAUCCAGUCCCACUGGAAACAUUAAAGGUGACAUUUAUUUUGAUGGCGCAGACAGAAAAAGCACUGUUGUCAAAACAGACUAUCACUCCCCAUGCAGUACUUAGCAUUGCAGUUUUUGUCAAAUGUGUGUGGAAUGCAAAUUGUUAUUUGCAUAAUGUGCGUCAUGUAUCCGUACCAUUUCAUUCUGAACCUGCAAAUGAUCUCUGUGUAUUCAAGGGUCUCAAAUAAUGGGAGAUGAUGUAAGUAGCAAAUGCUGCUAUAACAAUACAGUGCAGCGUAUUUAGACACUAGCAAACUAAUCUGGCAAAGCAAAAAUAUUUGUUUUUUCUUCAAUGUUCAUAAUAUAACCGUUUUUAAUCUGGAACUGUUCUGCUUACUGCCAUUUUGAUCAGAGGGACAGGUUAGCUGAGGUGACUGCAUCAGGCUCCUUUUGGAGCUCUGAAAAGUAACAGUUUUUUAAUGUACACAAAUCCACUUGAUUGUGCCUCUUUGAAUGUUGUUCUGCAUUAUUGAACUAGCUUAAUGGGCUUCCUGGUUUGGAACUCUCUGAGUGGCAGAAUUCCCUCGACGACGUCACCCCGGCCAACCCUGCUGCCUUUAGAUGCAUUUCCUCUCUCGCUCUCUCUCUCUCUCUCGCUCUCUCUCCCUUUCUUUUUUCUGUUGUGACUUUCUGUCACUGGCCAUUAGAUUGGACAAUGUUUUCAAAUGACCUCAACAUUCUAAACGUGUUACUAAGUUAACAGAAGGAAACAUUAUCUUUCGGUUGGAGGUUUUUCCUAGCCUGCUUCUACUUAGCUGGCCUGAUGGACCCAUGCAGUAUGAUCAGAUGGCGCUGGAUUCAAGGAUGAACAAGCUCUGUAUGGAUGAUGCUAAUUUAGAAUCUGAACUGAUAUGCUCAGUUUUGGUGGAACAAGCUCCCCCACGACGCCAGGACAGCGGAGUCACUGACCACCUUCCGGAGACACU